AACUACGUCGGUCAGACGCUGUCGCUCUGUUGUGGCUAAUGAUCGAUGCUAAUAAUACGAAGCUAACGCAUCGCAGUUGUUCGCAGCUUUUUAAGACGUCUGGAUUCUCGCGGUGCCCUUCACGCUUGUACGCGGUGUUUUUGAGGUAGAAAAGCCGCAUUGCGUUUCCGUCCGGUCGGUGUUUGUCGGUUACCGAUUUGCCCGUUAGCCGUUAGCCUGUGAGGCUAGAAGGGCUCCACGAUGGAGGGCAGCGCCAGCGUGAGGAGAGCCCUGUCCGGGACUCUCGUCCCCGCGGCGGUGACAACAAUGGCUCUCCGGCCGCAGCCCGAAGAGAAAGGGACGGGGAAGCCGAACAGGAAGGUCCUCGACGAAGAGCAGUACAUCGAGAGUUUGGAGAAGAUCAUCCAGAGGGAUUUCUUCCCAGAUGUAACAAAAUUGCAAGCGCAGAAGGACUAUCUGGACGCAGAGGAAAACGGAGACCUGGGGAGAAUGAGGGAGAUAUCCAUCCGAUAUGGAUCAUCUCUGACUAAAUCCACACCGCGAUCUUCGGCCCCUUAUGUGACCCCGGCUAGCUUCGAGACACCAGUUGGUCACCCAGGGUCUCCCUCCUCCAUUCGUGGCAAUAAAGGUUUAGAUGCCGAUGGCAAAGAUGAUGACAAGGAAGAAAAAGAGCUUCCACCACUGGACCAUUUCCUGGCUAAAAAUACCAGUGAGGACAAUGCAUCAUUUGAACAGAUAAUGGAUCUGGCAAAAGACAAGGAGAAAGUGAAGCAUGCCUGGUUAUAUGAGGCUGAGGCUGAAUACAAACAGCGCCACGAGGAGAACCUUGCUUUACCGUCAGUGGAGAAAGCAGCACUUGAAUGUGUCAAAGCUGGACUGGAAACAUGGGAGUACAAAGCUAAGAAUGCCUUGAUGUAUUAUCCAGAGGGAGUUAAAGAUGACGAUGCUGUGUUUAAAAAACCAAGAGAGGUUGUUCACAAGAAUACGCGUUUCGUUGGAGACCCAUUCAGCAAAGCUCUCAACAAAAGCCAGAUUCAACAGGCUGCGGCUCUGAAUGCACAGUUCAAGCAGGGUAAAGUUGGUCCUGAUGGGAAAGAGCUCAUCCCACAUGAGUCCCCAAACGUGAAUGGAUAUGGUUUUGAGAGAACGCCUUCCCCUGCACCUGGUGUAUCUGACUCCCCUCUGAUGACCUGGGGUGAGAUCGAGAGUACACCCUUUCGUCUAGAUGGAUCAGACUCACCAUAUGUUGAGAGGAAUCAUGGUCCGUCAUUUAAGAUUCCAGAACCUGGGCGGCGAGAGAGGCUGGGUUUAAAGAUGGCGAAUGAAGCUGCUGCUAAAAACCGUGCCAAAAAAAAGGAGGCAUUGCGAAAGGUCACUGAGAAUCUUGCAAGUCUUACACCUAAAGGUCUGAGCCCCGCCCUCACCCCCGCCCUGCAGAGGCUCGUCAAUCGGACGUCUAGCAAAUACACGGACAAAGCCCUGAGAGCAAGCUACACCCCAUCUCCCUCACACGGAGCCAUUGGCUGCAAGUCUCCCUUCGGUGGCCCAGCUACUCCAUCAGGAACGCCAACGCCAAACAAAGCCAAGACACCAAGCUCUCAGGACGUCGCCUCACUCACAGACAAUCUGCUGCAACUUCCCAAGAGAAGGAAAGCCUCAGACUUUUUCUAACGAGGAGAAGCUCCUCUCUGUCGGGAUAUUAUAAGACGUUGUAUUGUGGAUAACUUUAUUAGAAACUCUCCACACCAAUUUUUUUCUGUGAUUUAAGAGCCCAUCUUUCGAUGGCUUGAUAAAGAAAUGUACAGUGGACUGAUGUAUUUUUAUGGAUUUAUUUGUUUUAUGUUUGCACAGAUGGGUUGAUGUAGAUCCCAGUGAAAUAUACUUUCCAAAUUCUAUGGAAUUAUUUGUUUGUCUUAUUUUUAUAUUUAGUUUUGAUCUCAAACACCAAGUUUUAAAGGGAUUUGUACAGUUUUUUUUCCAGUUUAACUAUUUCUCCCACAUACGAACCAGCACAUGCUUAACUGAUAUUAAAAUAUAGUUAUAGCUCAUUAUUUCUUUCUGAGAAUUUCAUGUGGAUUUUAACUCACAUCAUCUAAUAGCCUGUUGCCCUGUUCUUCAUAAGUGUAGCCAUGACAUUUUAGUGUCUCCCUCUAAAUGCACAGGUGUUUUCCUGCAGUUCAGCAUUGCUGCUACACCCAGAAAUAUUCACACAGGGUCACAGGGUACCGUAAGGCCAUUUUUUAUAAAAUGAGGUUGGCCUGUUGUGUGGGAAAGUCAGCACACAUGCUCCAUACAGCUUGAUUUCCUACUUACCAUUCUCAAGGGAGUCGUAGGUCUGUGUUUUCAUUGUGAAGAAGUGAACUGAUUUAGACUGAGGUGUGCAUUACAUACUUAAAAUGAACCUUGUAUUGGAUUUCAGCACUGUUCAUAUGUAAUAUACAUGUUUAUCUUGUUGCAGAAGAGGCUUUUGUUACUUGUAUGCCUAAAUGUACAUUGAAAGAACAAGUGGACACUGUAUGGCAUUGACGCUUAGUGCAGCACCAGCACAAGAGGACAGACUCUCCUCCUGUGCAAAAAAAAUGUGUUUCAAACCUCAGCGGAAGCAAAUGUGAAGCUUCAGCAGUCUUGAGUUAACUGGACCUCAUCUGACAGUACAAGAGCGAAAAAUUCCCCUCUGUGCGUUUUCUCGAGACAUUGUUUUUUGGCUGAGAAUUGUUUGGAUUAACAACACUUGUUAUGUCUAACUCAGACAAACUUUACCUAACACUGCAUAUUUGUACACAGCAAGUACAAUAGACUUCCAUAUCUGUGUGAGAAUUGUUUUAAGGCAGACAUCCGGAUAUAGAGUCGCAAACCAGCGGGACAUUUUAUUGAAAUUAUUUUUUUGCCUCUGGUUCAUUCUAAUGACACUUCUAAUGGGUUUAUCAACCAGAUUGUUGACAUAUGUUGAAUGAUCCAAAAGGACAAUUACAAAAUUAGAAAGCCAGGUAGUGUUUGUGUGUGUGUGUGUUUGAGUUCUGUUUGACACAGAAUCAGAGCGAAUGUGAGCAGAUCAAAAUGAGGUUUUGUAUUAUUGUUCGGCCUCAUUAAUAAAUUAUUCUGUUGAACACAGGAAAA